GCAGAGAAGUAUCUAAAUUUCUUCAAGGCUGUUGUGGGAUUGCGGUCAUUUCCUGUGGCUAUUAUUUACCUGAUACUUAUACCAUCAUCUUUAUUAUGGAAGAAGUACACCUCCCCUUUAGGACUACAUAAGGUAGAACUAUUUAUGAAAUGAACAAAUGCCUUCUGUAAGAUAUCAUAUGUAAGACCAAAGUUGUGUGCAAGAUUUGGUACUUAAUGUACCAUUUUUAGUCCUCUCUUCAGUUUUGGCUGAUUCAUUUGUCAAAUCAAGAUGUGGCUUUUAGAAAAGAAUAUCAAUUGAUUUAAUAAUGGUAACUGUAAUGCGUGGAGUGCAGUUUGGUCUGAACUCAUAUAAGUGAUUUCAAAAUUGAACAAGUGCACAACUCAAGUUGGAUUUGAAAUCGAAAAUAUGAUUUCUAACCAAAUUUGCACAACGUAAAGUUCAAUCACCACUUUAUUACAUCUGUUUCGAAAUCCCAAAAUUCAGUUGCUCAGAGUUAGUGUCUACAAACAGUUCACUGAUUCAAGGCUGAGCUGGUUUGUAAAAAGUUGCAAAAGUUGUCUUUGUCAGACUGAUAUUAUUGGAUUCUUUAAACAAGCCUUGAAAUCUGCUUGGUUGUCAUGUUAUAAUAAAGGUUUCUCAUUGGCUGGGAAAAGAUGUCACUAAGAGCUAAGAAUUGAUGCAAUUUGUGAAUAAAUUGCACCAAAGAGAACUAAUCAGACUCAUAGGAUAACCAGUGAUUUCAAUAUGUAUAUAAUAAUUAAAAGAAAUUUAUACAACUCCUUGAAAUCAAUUGAAAACUUAGGGUCCAUUCAUAUUACGCUUCAUUUCAAUGCAGUCUGAUUAGUUCUCCCUCCCUCCCCCCCCCAUAUUGUAAUUUAUGUGAGAGUUGUAUUGGGAAGUAGUGACUGACGAUUUGGUAACCUCAGUGGUCAUCAUCAUCCAGGUCAAGUGAAGAGUUUUUUGUUAGUCAACUACUCUAAGUCUUACCUGUGAACUGAUCAGUCUUUGAAUUGAAAACUGGUCAGUCAAUGUAAGCUUACCAAUCAGGUUACAUGAACCAGAAUAACAACACUUGACCAAAAAACAAUUCUUUACUUGACUCUGACAAUGACUUCCACUGAGGUUUUCAAAUGAUCAGUCACAACCAUAGACAACAAUCUUUCCUAGGACUUCUCCCACAAUGCAUUUGAUUCACCUCUCUUAUGAUACAUUUGAUCAUGUAUUCUUGCAAAGUACAUGAUCAAAUGUUACUCCUGUGUUCAAACCCUUUACUGUAUCUUCUAAUAAAUUAUGACGUUUUCUUGUUAGGUUUUAGUGGCAUACAACUUCUUGUGCAGUGCUCUCAGCCUGUAUUCUUUCGCUGUUAUAGUCAAGGCAUACUAUCAGGGUGGUUUGUUAUAUGUUUUUGCUAUGGAGCAUGAUGCAGAUGUCAAACAUGCCUUUACCAUUUACUUAUUCACCAAACACUUGGAGCUGUUGGACACAGUGUUCAUGAUUCUUAGGCAUCGCCAAAGACAAAUCACCUUUUUACAUGUAAGUCUGUUUAAUUAAGUCCUUUAAGGAUUGGAAAUUUGUAGAGAACAGUACAAAUAAUAUGCUUACUGACGUUAGGGUGAUAGGCAGAUUUAUGAAGAGGGUUGGGGCAUCCAACCCCCUUCCCAUCAGACAUGGGUGUGUCCUCUAAAUCAAAGAUUAGACCUCACCCCUCCUAAUUAAAAUUUUGUGGUACCAGCUCUGUAUAGGUUUACAUGUGCCUGGUGUAAUCUAAUCUUUUUUUUUUUACUUAAGAUAUAGUAUUUAAUACACAGGUUCAACAGUAUGGAAGGGCGAGGAGACCUCCAAGAAACCACCAGGUUUAUAGGGGAUGUGGAUAUGUGGCUUGGCCAAUUGGGACUCAUUUCAUUGAAAAAUAAAUCAUCUUUCUUUUAAAAGUGAAAAAACUAGUCAAACCAGUCAUUGAUAUUGGGAGAGAAUUCCAAAUUUUAGGACCUUGAUAUAGUACUGUAAAUUGUUUAAGAUUAGUACGACAGUUAUGGUGUUGAUAGCAAUUGGUUAUUCUUGUAUCAUAACUGUGUACUUGUCUAUCUCCAUGGAACAAGCUGAGAAACAUCAGUGGCAAUGGUUGAUUAUGAUAAUAAAACAUAAAUUUAGCUAUUUGCAAUGCGUUGACUCGGAAAAUAUCUAAGUUGCCCAAUUUACCAAAUAUUACAUCUGCAUACUUUUUAUUUCCUUCAUGUUAGGUGUACCAUCAUGCAUCAAUCUUACUCCUGAGUGACUAUGCCUGCCAUGUCACCCCCUGGCCAGCAAUUGGGGUCAUGUUAGGGAUGAACUCCUUUGUGCAUGUAUUUCUUUAUCUUUACUAUGGCCAAGCGGCACUGAACCCCACCCAGAGGCCGCAGUGGAAGAAGACAAUGACACAACUUCAAAUGGUUCAAUUUGUCGUUGGUAUUGUGCACUCUUCUUUUGGCUAUGCUCAACAUGGUUUCUGUGUUUAUAGUAUUUUCUAUGGCCUCAGCAUGCUGGGUUUGUUUGGUAAUUUUUAUUAUCAAGCUUUUAUACGAGUCAGACGUGAGAAAAAAUCUGAAUGA